AAACCACAACAAACGCAAUUUACAUUGUGAUCUUCUUCACUUCACAGCACGCAGCCUUUUCACAUUAAACAAACCAGUUCAACAUUCGUCUUUCUUGUCAAUCAGACUUCCAAUCCGUCAAAAUGGGUCACGAAGACGCCGUCUACCUGGCCAAGCUCGCUGAGCAGGCCGAGCGCUACGAAGAGAUGGUGGAGAACAUGAAGAUUGUCGCCUCCGAGGACCGUGACCUGACCGUCGAGGAGCGCAACCUCCUGUCCGUCGCCUACAAGAACGUCAUCGGUGCCCGCCGUGCCUCUUGGCGCAUUGUCACCUCGAUCGAGCAGAAGGAGGAGUCCAAGGGCAACAGCACCCAGGUCGGCCUGAUCAAGGAGUACCGUCAGAAGAUCGAGGCCGAGCUUGCCAAGAUCUGCGAGGACAUCCUCGAGGUUCUCGACCAGCACCUGAUCCCCUCCGCCAAGACCGGCGAGUCCAAGGUCUUCUACCACAAGAUGAAGGGUGACUACCACCGCUACCUGGCCGAGUUCGCCAUCGGCGACAAGCGCAAGGACUCGGCCGACAAAUCCCUCGACGCCUACAAGGCCGCCACCGAGGUUGCCCAGACCGAGCUGCCUCCUACUCACCCCAUCCGCCUGGGUCUCGCCCUGAACUUCUCUGUCUUCUACUACGAGAUCCUGAACGCUCCUGACCAGGCAUGCCACCUUGCCAAGCAGGCAUUCGACGAUGCUAUUGCUGAACUCGAUACCCUCUCGGAGGAGAGCUACAAGGACUCUACCCUCAUCAUGCAGCUCCUGCGUGACAACCUGACUCUCUGGACCUCGUCUGAUGCUGAGGCUGCUCCUGCAUCGAAUGCUGCCGAGGCUAGCUCUACUACCGCCACCGCGGGUGCUGAGGAGAAGGCUGCAGAGCCUGCUGCUGAGGAGCCCAAGGCCGAGUAAGGCGAUGCAGUUUCCGCUUCUUCUGUCGUGACCGGACUGGUUUACAAUGGUUGAUCCCCCCGGGAGGAGUCAUCGGAGUGCGGUUUCGGAGAAAUCAAUAGCAAUGAGGCAUGGGUUACUCGAGCAAAUACAAAGACGGACGGACGAUUUUCAGAUCAUCCACAACAGGGCUAAAAGGCAUUUUGGAGUUGUUUCUCUACAAAUUGCUCUAAUUUAGACUCUAAUGAGGAGGGGACUGGUCAUCGUCUGGACAAUAAACUGAACUACUGACUUUACUCGGAUUUCCAUGUUUAUGGUUCUGUUUUCUGUUCUUUAUUUCAUUUUUUUCAUGACUUCUCUCAUGCCACUCAGACUACUACUUUAGGCAGUCUCAGUUAGUUCAUGGGGAAAUGGGUAUCUCUUAUGUGUGUGC